AUGAGCCUCGAGUCGCUGUCGAACGAACUGUUAAUCGAAUUCUUCGAGUAUUUAUCAACUGGUGAGAUUUUUUAUACGUUUCACGGACUUAAUUAUCGAUUUAGUUUGGUUCUUGCCAAUCAUUUUCGGAUGCAUGGCUUUGAUUUGCGAUGCAUAUCUCGAUCUGACUUUGACGCAAUCGGUCGAAUAUACUUUUCAUCAACACCCGAACAAAUCACUUCGAUCUGUUUUUCUAAUAAUGAACAAACUCCAGCGCAAAUCAGUCGUUUUUUCGAUCAACGAUUCGGAUUUUCAAAAUUUACGCACUUAAAAUCACUUUCGGUAUAUUAUUUGCCUCCAGGACCGUUAGCUCAUCGGAUCAUAGGCGAACUUCGAAAUUUACCCAAUUUCUCUCGUGUUGUCUAUAAACUUGUGUAUCGAUCAACCAAUUCCUUUUGCGCACAUCGUUUCAUCAAUACGCUGUCUAUUGUCCCGAAGAUCACGAAAUUGUAUAUAACUUACAUCGUUCGAUCUGAUCAACUGUUGUCGAUACUAAAAAUGCUGCCAAUGAUAACCUACUUGAAAUUAAAUGUUCAAAGUUUUGCCAUUGAUGGAUAUCAAGCAGAAAUACUUCUCCGGACAAAUUUGCCACAAGUGAAACACCUGCAUUUCCGCAUGGUACAUACGCUCGAUGAUGAUGAUAAUAAAGAACAAGAAAUUGAGAAAAUAUUGGAUACAUUUCGCCAUGACGGAAGCUGUGUUUUCUAUACAUUGCCAUAUGUGUUCGAAGGUUAUGAUUAUGCGAAAGCAACUUUAUUCAAAUCAACGUAUCCUGUUGAAAACAAACGAUGGCUGAAUAAGACGGUAUAUGCACUCAAUUAUCAUCUAUUAGAACUCGAUUGUUCUGUGCCAUUGAACAUUCAGUUUGACAACGUUACAGUUCUUUCUAUUAAACUUCCUGUUGAUGGAAAGCUUUGGUCUACAGUUGCAAGUCUUCCUCGAGUAAAACAACUUUAUGUCUCACUAGCUAAUGAUGAUGAUGAUGGAAAUAAUCGAAAUCAGCUACAAAGUAUACUGGGUCAUAUGCCUCAUCUAUUAAUAUUUUACAUUCGUGAAGACCCAUCGAGAGUCUUGAAUAUCUUAUCAUUUCAAAGCGAAAACCUAUCUGUAUUCUUCCUAGAUUUAAUUUCAGCUAAUUUAAUAUAUAAUAAUGAUCAAUGUGCUCAAUUGAGUCAACUAUCGUUUGUUAUUAAUUGUAAAGCUCUUGGUAUUGCUGUUGAAAAUCGAACAUGUGUUAUAAGUCUCAUUAAUGCAUUAAAUAAUCUUCAAGCAUUAACGAUUGUCAGUCUAGAUGAUAAUUGGAAUAGCGCAUCAGUAUCGGAUAAUGAUGAACUUGUUCGAUGGUUUCAAACACAGUUACCAUCUGCAUACGUUAUGCGAAGAAGUAAUGCGCCACGAGUCAUCAAUUUUUGGCUACAGUGA